AUGCCCAGUAACAACUUCCACAAUUCCUCCAACCACUUCCACUGCGAUCACAUCUUCGACAAGUGUUCCAACUACUUCUACACCAAGAUGCCCAAUAACAACGUCCACAAUACUUCUCCUACUUCCACCCCACGAUGCCCAGUAUCUACGUCAACAAUUGCUCCAACCACUUUCACUGCGACAACAGCUUCCACAAGUGUUCCUACUACAACUACCCUAAGAUGCCCAGUAACAACUUCCACAGUUCCUUCAACCACUUCAACCACUUCCACUGCGACAACAUCUUCCACAAGUACUCCUACUACUUCUACCCCAAGAUGCCCAGUAACAACGUCCACAAUUCUUCCAACCACAUCCACUGCGACUACAGCUUCGACAAGUGUUCCAACUACUUCUACACCAAGAUGCCCAAUAACAACGUCCACAAGUGCUCCAACCACUACCACUGCGAUACCAACUUCUACAAGUACUCCUACUACUUCCACCCCACGAUGCCCAGUAUCAACGUCAACAAUUGCUCCAACCACUUCCACUACUACAACAACUUCCACAACUCUUCCUACUACAUCUACCCCAAGAUGCCCAGUAACAACUUCCACAAUUCCUUCAACCACUUCCACUGCGACAAUAUCGUCCACAAGUACUCCUACUACUUCUACACCAAGAUGCCCAGUUACAACGUCCACAAUUCUUCCAACCACAUCCACUGCGACUACAGCUUCGACAAGUGUUCCAACUACUUCUACCCCAAGAUGCCCAAUAACAACGUCCACAAGUGCUCCAACCACUACCACUGCGACAACAACUUCCACAAGUACUCCUACUACUUCCACCCCACGAUGCCCAGUAUCAACGUCAACAAUUGCUCCAACCACUUCCACUACGACAACAACUUCCACAAGUGUUCCUACUACAUCUACCCCAAGAUGCCCAGUAACAACUUCCACAAUUCCUCCAACCACUUCCACUGCGACAACAAUAUCUCCUUCUCCAACAACCCAGAGCUUGUCCACUACAACACCAGCGAUUACAAUUCCCACGACAACAAGCACAACAGUUCGUCCGUUAACCACGACGCGUCGUCCUUGUCCUUGCCGGCCACAACCUCCCAGUCAGAUUCCGCCGUGGUCUUGGUGGUAUCCUUACCCAACUUACCCCAAUCCCGCGUGGCCCUGGCAGCCAAACCCAGUUAUCCCGCAGUGGCCGCAGUUCCCAGGACUUCCAAAUCCUCAAUGGCCGCAGUUCCCAGGAUUUCCGAAUCCUCAGUGGCCGCAGUUUCCAGGACAUCCAAAUCCUCAGUGGCCGCAGCUACCAGGGCCAGGUAAUCAGCUGCCCCUGCCAUCUCCUCAGUGGCCCUGGCCUUGGCCAAGACCACCAGUAGUGAUUCCUGCAUCCAGCGACUGUGAAAACAUAUGCGAAAACCUAUUAAAGGGCGUAAAGUAUCAGGAGGAUCUCAUCAAAAGGUGUUUGUGUCCACGUCCAUAA